AAUACAGGACUCCAGUCCUCAGACACAAAACACACAGCAGAGCAAACAGCAACCAUCUCCACUGACUGACUGCUCCACCGCUCUUUUUACGCACUCUAUCUCGAUCCAAGGGAGAAAAAAAAAGCAGUCCAAGUAUAUCAACAUGAUUAAGAAGAUGUCUCCCUCCGAGAGCGAUUUCGACAUCCCAGCCAAGAACUGUUACAGGAUGGUGAUUCUGGGAUCCACCAAAGUCGGUAAAACGGCCAUCGUGUCCCGUUUCCUGAACGGGAGGUUCGAGGAGCAGUACACGCCGACCAUCGAGGACUUUCACAGGAAACUGUACAGCAUCAAGGGAGACGUUUACCAGCUGGACAUACUGGACACAUCAGGGAACCACCCAUUCCCAGCCAUGAGGAGACUGUCCAUACUCACAGGUGACGUGUUCAUCCUCGUCUUCAGCCUGGACAACCGCGACUCCUUCCAGGAGGUGCAGCGGCUCAAGCGGCAGAUCUUCGAGACCAAGUCGUGCCUCAAGAACAAGAUCAAGGAGCACAUCGACGUGCCCCUGGUCAUCUGCGGCAACAAGGGCGACCGGGAGUUCUACCGGGAGGUGCAGCAGGAGGAGAUAGAGCAGCUGGUGGCCGGCGAAGACGAGAAGUGCGCCUACUUCGAGAUCUCCGCCAAGCGCAACGAGAACGUGGACAAGAUGUUCCAGACUCUGUUCACCAUGGCCAAGCUGCCACACGAGAUGAGCCCCGACCUGCACCGCAAAGUGUCCGUGCAGUACUGCGACAUGCUGCACAGGAAGUCCAUGAAGAACAAGAAGAUGAAGGAAAUCGGGGAGGCGUUCGGCAUUGUGACGCCGUGCGCGCGGAGACCCAGCGUGCACAGCGACCUCAUGUACAUUAAGGAGAAGGCCAUAGGAGGCGGCCAGGGCAAGGACAAAGAGAGAUGCUCAAUUAGUUAAAAGAAAAGAACGCGAAGUAUAAACUCGACACGAAAUCUUUGAAAUGAGAAGGAGCCUGGUGCGUCAAGCUUUGAGAGGCGACCCGUGCUGCCGGCUGCCUCCAACUGACACGGGGAGGUGUGGAGACGCCGCGGGGCCGCCGCCACCGCCGUGCGCUCUGACGCAGCGCCGUCUCCACUCUGGAGACACACUGACUGAAACUGGACACGCUGAGUCCGCUCGAGCUGCCAAAAAAAAAAAAAGAAGACAUUUGAGAAUGUUUUGCUUGUUCUGUCAACCAGAACUCAAUGUGUGAAGUGGCUUAAGACUCGCGCAAAAUGUGUUUUGUUGACGUCAUGCCUUUUUACAGAUGCCAGAGGUGGAGAGAGAAAAGAGACUCUUUAGACCUCAGAAGGGGCAAUGUUGUUGGGGGGGGGGAAACAAUGUUGUUUACAUCUAUUUUAUAACGGCUACUUGAAUGUUUCAUUGCAAUCUCUUUUUUAAAUGUGAAUGUAUAUUUAUUGCAAAGAAGUCAAAGAAAAUCUUAAUUUAAUAAAAACAAACUAAAACAUA